AUGCUGCUGCUGCUGCUGGCCCUGCUCUGGGGGAGGGCGGGGGUGCAGGGACAGGGAGGGUACUGGCAAGGUUACACGCUGCGAGUGCAGAGGAAGGUGACGGUGCAGGAGGGGCUGUGCGUCCACGUGCCCUGCUCCUUCUCCUACCCCUGGGAUGGCUGGACUGACUCUGACCCCGUUUAUGGCUACUGGUUCCGGGAAGGGCCCAAAUCACACCAGGAGGCUCCAGUGGCCACAAACGACCCAGCUAGGAAAGUGCAGGAGGCGACCCAAGGCCGAUUCCACCUCCUCGGGGAUCCCGGGAGGAACAACUGUUCCCUGAGCAUCAGAGACGCCACGAGGAGGGACGAAGGGUCAUACUUUUUUCGGGUGGAGCGAGGAACCGUGAAAUGGAACUAUAUAUACAACAAGCUCUUUGUACACGUGACAGCCCUGAACCACACGCCCGAUAUCCUCCCCCCGGGGACCCUGGAGUGUGGCCGCCCCUGGAACCUGACCUGCUCUGUGCCCUGGGCCUGUGAGCAGGGGACGCCCCCCAGCAUCUCCUGGGAGGGGGCCUCUGUGGCUUCCCAGGGCCCCACCAUUGGCCGCUCCUCGGUGCUGACCCUCAUCCCUCAGCCCCAGGACCACGGCACCAGCCUCACCUGCCAGGUGACCCUGCCUGGGGCCAAUGUGACCACAACAAGGACCAUCCACCUCAACGUGUCCUACUCUCCUGAGAACUUGACCGUGACUGUCGUCCGAGGAGACGGCUCAGCACCCACAGCUGUGGGGAACGGCUCAUCUGUGUCAGUCCUGGAAGGCCAGUUCCUGCGCCUGGUCUGUGCUGCUGACAGCAACCCCCCUGCCAGGCUGACCUGGACCUGGGGGAGCCUGACCCUGUGCCCCUCGCAGCUCUUGAGCCCUGGGGUGCUGGAGCUGCCUCGAGUGCACCUCAGGGAUGAAGGACAAUUCACCUGCCGAGCUCAGAACCCUCUGGGCUCCCAGCACGUCUCCCUGAGCCUCUCCCUGCAGAGCACAGUGCGGCCCGUCUCAGGGCUGACGCUGGGGGCUGUCUGCGGAGCUGGAGCCACAGCCCUGGUCUUCCUGUCCUUCUGCAUCAUCUUCUUCGUAGUGAGGCCCUGCAGGAGGAAGGAGGCAAGGGCAGCAACCGGCAUGGGUGACAUGGUUGUGGAGAAGGCAGACGCUGUCAGGGGUCCAGCCUCUCUGAGCGUCCCUAUCGAACCCCUGGAGGAACACAGCUCCCCAGAUCAGCCUCCCCCAGCCGUGGCCGCCCACUUCUCAGGGCAGGAGCAGGAGCAGGAGCUCCAUUAUGCCUCUCUCAGCUUCCAUGGCAUGAAGCCUCAGGACCCGCAGAGACAAGAGGUCACCGGCAGUGAGUACUCGGAGAUCAUGAUCCACAAGUGAGAAACUGGGGCGACUCGGCCCUGGUUGAGGGAUCCCGUCCCCUCGAGCAAAGGAGAUGUCAGAGGCUGAUUCUUGUAGACUCCAAAGCCCUCUAGAGCCUCGCGCUGUGCAAUAGAACAUCAGAGCUUAUUCCUCCUGUCCAACAGGGACUGUACCCUCUAAUAGCUCCCCUUUCCCUGUACACCAGCCCACACGCUGGUACCCAGUAGUCUACUCUCUAAUUCUGUGUGUUUCACUUUUUUAGACCUACAUAUGAGUGAGAUCAUAUGGUAUUUGUCUCUCU